UUAUAAACGACAGUCAUUUCAAAUUCAAAAUCAAUGCAACGUUAAGUAGCUUACUUAUUUUUCUCAAUAGUUUUUUUAUUAACAAGUGCUUAUUAAAAAUAGCAUAUUUUUAUAUAUUUUUUUGCAUAUUUGUCGGUCGGUUUUAGAUUGAUUAAACAUCAUUCAAGAAUUAAUUAUUUAAUAAGUUUCUAUGUGCUAUCAAAUUCUUAUACCGCAAUGGAACUAUCGUGAUCGUACCCUUAGACAAUUUCUAUUCUAUUGUGUGUAAAUUUUUUGCGUGCUUAUUUGAUAGGGUCUACGAACGAACGUUAGGGCAAAUACGUUUGUAUUGUCGUAUUUUUUACCUGAGAACUCUAAGUUGAAGACGGUUCAGUUGCAUUUUGUUCAUUGCUCAGAACGCUAAAGAUAUGGCUUCUCGUGUUUGGCUUCUUGUUGAGUGGGUGGACCAGACUGGUGUUAAUAUGUGCCCAGCUUAUGAUGUAGUGAAUGUCGAUACCAUGGCGUACGACGAGACGGACCUCCAUCCCGGAAACCUGAUUUUCAUACGUGUAAAACAUGACAGUCCUCGUCGCGCGAAAAUUGUCCGAAUAUCUGAAAGCAAACGAUAUGUGAAAGAGCAAAAAGAGAUCAUGGAACGAGAAAAUCAGCAAGUGAAGAAUGUUCUGCAGAUAUGUAUGAGGACUAUCCAGAAAUUGAAAUCAGACAAUUCAUUUAAUUCACCACUCCAAACGAGCAACCAUCACCCUUUACCACAUGUGGUAAUAGCGAACACAGAAAAUAGCGGCAGUGAUAGCGACAUAGAGCCUUUCUCACAUGUCGAUCGGAACCGACCUCGCAAUUUUAGCAAAUCUAAAUCGAGGCACUCGCAUCAUAGUCGUAAUGAAUCAGUGGGUGGACCUUCCCGUGGAUCAAAUAAAAUACGUCGAUCCAUAGUCAGCAGUACACCGAUACCGCCAAGCGUUCAGCCACCAACAACACUGGCUUUCGAUCAAGGCACACAAACUGAAGACAUUUAUUUAAAACCACCUAUUGAAAAAAUUGAAGCAAUGGAAGCUCAACUCCAAAACCUUUACAGUCAAUUUCAGUCAUUGGUUACUCAAGUGCCUGCAUUAGCGAGUGCAUCUAUGUUAGAUGACGACCACAUUAUUGAUGAAAGUAACUAUUUAGCACCAAAUUCAGAACAUUCUUGGGCUGAACGGAAUAAUUCCGAUUACCGGGAACCAGUCAAUGUGGGCGAAAUCGUUGAGGAAUUUGCAACAGAUGGAGAAGAAGACAUUGCUAAUAAUGAACCAGUCAACAGCUCUACAGUAAAAGUUGAAGCAAACAUAAAUCCUAAUACUUUGCGCGUACGUCGGAUGUCAGCACAAACCACUAAUAAUGUUGAGACUUUAACGUCGAACGAUGCAGAUAUGGUACCGAUCGGAAGCGGCAACGUUAAAGUCCCAGCAAGAUUAUUGAACGAAAUCGAUUGGAACUCCCACACGUCUGCCACGAGGCAACUACUUCAAGCUGUAUUCCCUCGCAGAGUAUUGGCAACUCAUUCUUUGACAGGCAAGCAGUCCCCAGCAUUUCUGAAUCGCCCUCCGAAAAAGAUUCUUGAUCCUAAACUUGUUGAAGAUAUUGUAAAGACAGUUUCCACAAGAUGUGUUGUACCAAAGAAUUUGGUGAGAAACUGCAUUACAAUAAAGUGCACUGAUGAAGCUAAGUUAUAUCGUAAUCGUCAACAAUAUAAGCAAGCUCGUCAGGCUCUUGUUCAAAAUGAAGAAAAUAUUCCGCCCUCCACGCCGUCUUCAGAUGAAGCUACCGCUGUCGUUAAUUAGUAAAAGUAUUAAUUAAAAUUGUAAUACUAAUAAAUUGAGGGCAGUAUAUUAACGUGUAUUCGAAUAAGUUUUAUGACUUUAGAUGAUAAGUUAAGCAAGAUACCAGUCUACAGUUAUUGUUUUAAAAUUUUUGUAUUUUAGUGAGUUCAAUUAAAAACUUCAUAAAUAAUUAUAUAUAUAUUUCACCACUAUGAAGUAUGUCUAUAUUAUGCAAGUUCUGAUGAUAAGUGCUUUUGUUCAUUCAAUAUUUUACUAUGCAAACAUUGAUAAUGUGACUUUGAUGAAGGUUUCAAUCGGAUCAAAACCUUGAGUUAAUAAAUAGUGUUUAAGUGAUGUUGG